AAAAGAAAAGCGGCAGCAUACUCAUUGAAGCUUUCAGCCUGUCCGGAAGUACUACCCGAAGAAGCUAGCUGAAAGUUAAACAUCCACUAUGGCUGAGACGCACAACUUGCAGGACCUGCAACAUCAAGCAGCUGUCGCCUCCAAAGUGUAUGUCCAGCGGGACUACAACUCGGGUACAAUCUGCAGGUUCCAGACCAAGUUCCCCUCUGAGCUGGAGUCUAGGGUUGACAGGCAGCAGUUCGAGGAGACAAUACAGACGCUGAACAACCUCUAUGCUGAGGCUGAGAAAAUAGGUGGCAAGUCUUACCUGGAGGGCUGCUUGGCCUGCAUGACAGCUUACACUAUCUUCCUCUGUAUGGAGACCCAUUAUGAGAAAGUAUUGAAGAAGAUCGCUAGGUUCAUCAAGGAGCAGAAUGAGAAGAUCUACGCUCCUCUGGGACUGCUGCUGACGGACCCAAUAGAGAGAGGUCUCAGGGUUGUUGAAAUCACCAUCUUUGAGGAUCGAAGCAUUGGCUCCGGAAGAUAAACCACACCAAAGGAUGGCCUAUUUCACCUGGUGCUUCCCAAUUGUCUCACCACACCCAUCAAUGAUUGUUUUUAUUUAUUUCACGUAAGGUAUGGGCUAUGUGUGCUAGUAGCCUAUAUCUACAUUUUUACAUUUUAGUUAUUUAGCAGACGCUCUUAUCCAGAGCGACUUACAGUAGUGCGUACAUACAUUUUUCAUACUCCCACAGAGACCAACACUCCCUAUUUUUUACAUGUUUAUUGAGAUGAUUAAUUUGAACAUGUGAAAAGUCUUAUUCUAGUGAAGCAAGACCACACCUUUAGUAUGAAUGGUGCCAUUUUGUUUUAUAUUGCUAUUUCUAAACCCUUACUCGUAAUUAAAGGUGCAUUGUGUAAUAGCUCCAUGCAAAUAGCCUUUAAAGGUAUAGUUCAGCCACAGUUUUUAAACCUGUAUUUUAAUAUAUCCUCUGCUUCACUAAAAUUACAUCAUUAGUAAGAUGGUUCCUUACCUUGACAGUAGUCUAUGGGCCAGGAGAAACUUUAAACCACCACAAUUCAGAUUUGUUUACUUAAACAAAAACAAUGAGUGGUACUGGGGUGGUGCUAGCAUGUUCCGGACUCAUGGAUUCUUGUUCCUGGAAGUUACAAACGUAAACGAUGUACAGUAACAUUGCAAAGUUUCUGGGUUAUAAUGUGUUACUUCAGGUACUUCUAAGUUGUACUUCUCAAAAACCAACUAGAACUUUUGCUAAAAUGUUACUGCACCUUUUGUAUGUAUAUUGAACAAAAAUAUAAACGCAACAUGCAACAAUUUCAACAAAUUUACUGAGUUCCAGUUCAUAUAACGAAAUCAGUCAAUUGAAAUAAAUAAAUUAGGCCCUAAUCUAUGGAUUUAACAUCACUGGGCAGGGGCGCAGCAAUG